AGUAACGCUCAAAAUGAUGCAGAGGUGGAACAGCCUUCUGUGUCAGAGGUCAUCGCAAACCUGGCACUCCAGAUCGAUCGCGGCGCUGUCAACAGAUUUAACAUCUGCCAAUCUGACAUCUGGGAUGGAGCUGUGAGAGGGUUCAGAAGAGGAACAUUUGCUGAAACAAACGAUCUCCUUGUGAAGUUCUCUGAUGAUGAAGGCAGAUUUGAGGAAGGUCUCGAUACAGGUGGUCCAAAAAGAGAAUUCCUCUUCCUUUUGAUGAAAAGGCUAAACAAACGACCCAUAUUUGAUGGUCCGGAACAGAGCCGCUACCUUGUCUACAAUUCAACAGCAAUCAGAGAGGAUGAAUACAGUUUGGCAGGGAAGAUGAUUGCCAUGUCUAUUGUACAUGGUGGACCUGGCCCAAAUUUUCUUUCAAAAGAUGUGGUCAGCUACAUCUCAGGGCAGUCCAGUUUCAAUCCAUCUAUAGGCGACAUCACAGAUGAAGAAAUAGGGAAAGUGCUACAACAGAUUGAGGUUGCAUCCACAUUGGAGAGCCUGCGAGACCUGAUAUUCCAGAACAGCACCAUGUUGCAGACUGCAGGGUGUUUUAAACGUGUUGUGUCAGUGGAGGAAAAACACUCAAUUGUUAAGGAGUACCUUAGAUGGUAUAUAAUUGACAGGAACUACACAGCAAUUGACAGGUUCAAAGAUGGACUUGCCAGUCUGAAGUUUCUAACAGCACUGCAGCAGCAUCCUGCUGUCCUAACUCCUGUUCUCUGUCAUUCAAAUCACAAAUUAACUCCGACAGACAUGGAAAACCUAUUCCAACCCCACCUCAGUCCUGUGGGAAGCAACAUGAGGGUCCUGGAGAACAAAGCAAGAAGUUUCUGGGCAGAUUACCUUCUUGACUGCGAAGGUUAG